GGAAGAAGCUGAGAGGCGUGAGGAGGGGUAGGUUGCGCCGGGGGAAAGCUGCCGCCUGGCUGCGGAGGGAACGGAGCUGAGCCGUGUCGGUGCUGCCGGGACGUGUCUGGGACCGUGAGUUCGAGUCCCGCCGCAGGCCCCCGGGCCGGCACCGCAGCGGGGUCUCCGCGUGCGGCAAGCACUUCGCCAGGAGUUCGCGAGGAGUUGGGGCUGCGGCCCCCCGCCCGCCGCCACCAUGCCAGUCUUCCACACCCGCACCAUUGAGAGCAUCCUGGAGCCCGUGGCGCAGCAGAUCUCGCACCUGGUCAUCAUGCACGAGGAGGGCGAGGUGGACGGCAAGGCCAUCCCGGACCUCACCGCCCCGGUGGCCGCUGUGCAGGCCGCCGUCAGCAACCUGGUCCGGGUUGGAAAAGAGACUGUGCAGACAACUGAAGACCAGAUCUUGAAAAGGGACAUGCCACCAGCAUUUAUCAAGGUGGAGAAUGCCUGCACUAAACUUGUCCAAGCAGCCCAGAUGCUACAAGCAGAUCCUUAUUCAGUACCUGCUCGUGAUUAUCUCAUUGAUGGAUCAAGAGGCAUACUUUCUGGAACAUCAGACUUGCUUCUGACUUUUGAUGAGGCUGAGGUCCGUAAAAUCAUCCGUGUCUGCAAGGGAAUUUUGGAAUAUCUAACUGUGGCAGAGGUGGUGGAGACUAUGGAGGAUUUAGUGACAUACACAAAGAAUCUGGGGCCAGGAAUGACAAAAAUGGCAAAAAUGAUUGAUGAAAGACAACAGGAAUUGACUCAUCAGGAGCACAGAGUCAUGUUGGUGAAUUCCAUGAACACUGUGAAGGAGCUAUUGCCAGUCCUUAUUUCAGCUAUGAAGAUUUUUGUAACUACUAAAAAUUGUAAAAGUCAAGGGAUAGAAGAGGCCUUGAAAAACCGUAACUUCACAGUAGAGAAGAUGAGUGCUGAGAUAAAUGAAAUCAUCCGUGUGUUGCAACUCACUUCCUGGGAUGAGGAUGCCUGGGCUAGCAAGAAGGACACUGAAGCCAUGAAGAGAGCUUUGGCCUUAAUCGAUUCCAAAAUGAACCAGGCAAAAGGAUGGCUAAGGGAUCCUAAUGCACCAGCAGGUGAUGCUGGUGAGCAAGCAAUAAGGCAAAUUCUUGAUGAAGCUGGAAAAGUGGGAGAACUGUGUGCAGGCAAAGAGCGCAGAGAGAUUCUGGGAACCUGUAAAAUGCUGGGCCAGAUGACUGAUCAAGUAGCUGAUCUCCGAGCCAGAGGACAAGGUGCUACACCAGUGGCCAUGCAGAAAGCACAGCAAGUGUCUCAAGGUCUGGAUUUGUUGACAGCAAAAGUGGAAAAUGCAGCCCGUAAACUGGAGGCCAUGACUAACUCUAAGCAGGCGAUUGCUAAAAAAAUAGAUGCUGCUCAGAACUGGCUUGUAGAUCCUAAUGGGGGCAGUGAAGGAGAAGAACAUAUUCGCGGAAUUAUGGCUGAAGCCAGGAAAAUUGCAGAACUUUGUGAGGAACCCAAGGAAAGAGAUGACAUUCUGCGCUCCUUGGGGGAAAUCUCUGCUCUGACUGCCAAGCUGUCAGAUCUACGAAGACAUGGGAAAGGAGAUUCUCCAGAGGCCCGUGCAUUGGCUAAACAGAUAGCCACAUCACUGCAGAACUUACAGUCUAAAACUAACAAAGUUGUAGCAAACACUAGGCCAGUUAAGGCUGCAGUCCAUUUGGAGGGCAAGAUUGAACAAGCUCAAAGGUGGAUUGACAAUCCAACAGUUGAUGAUCGUGGAGUAGGCCAGGCUGCAAUCCGAGGACUGGUUGCUGAAGGUCGUCGUUUAGCCAAUGUUAUGAUGGAACCCUAUCGCCAAGAUCUGCUUGCCAGAUGUGACCGUGUAGAACAGCUGGCUGCCCAGCUUGCUGAUCUGGCAGCUAGAGGAGAAGGAGAGUCUCCUCAGGCAAGGGCCAUUGCUGCCCAACUCCAGGACUCCUUGAAGGAUCUGAAAACAAGGAUGCAGGAAGCAAUGACUCAGGAAGUUUCUGAUGUCUUCAGUGACACUACAACUCCUAUUAAACUAUUGGCAGUGGCAGCCACAGCACCUCCUGAUGCACCCAAUAGAGAUGAGGUAUUUGGUGAAAGAGCAGCGAACUUUGAAAACCAUGCUGCUAGACUUGGAGCUACAGCAGAAAAAGCAGCUGCUGUGGGAACUGCUAAUAAAACUACUGUGGAAGGCAUUCAAGCAACUGUGAAAUCAGCGAGAGAACUUACACCUCAGGUAGUAUCAGCUGCUCGUAUUCUGCUAAGAAAUCCUGGCAAUCAAGCUGCUUAUGAACAUUUUGAGACCAUGAAAAAUCAAUGGAUUGAUAAUGUGGAAAAAAUGACAGGGUUGGUGGAUGAAGCAAUUGAUACCAAGUCUCUGUUGGAUGCAUCAGAAGAAGCCAUCAAGAAAGACCUUGAUAAAUGUAAAGUUGCAAUGGCUAAUAUCCAACCUCAGAUGCUUGUAGCCGGUGCCACCAGCAUUGCUCGGAGGGCUAAUCGGAUCUUACUGGUGGCAAAACGGGAGGUUGAAAAUUCGGAGGAUCCCAAAUUCCGGGAAGCUGUUAAGGCAGCCUCUGAUGACCUCAGCAAAACUAUAUCGCCAAUGGUAAUGGAUGCUAAAGCUGUAGCGGGGAACAUUUCUGACCCGGGUUUGCAGAAGAGCUUUCUGGAUUCUGGAUAUAGGAUUCUGGGAGCUGUAGCAAAAGUCAGGGAAGCCUUCCAGCCUCAAGAACCUGAUUUCCCCCCUCCUCCACCAGACCUUGAGCAGCUUCAUCUAACUGAUGAACUUGCUCCUCCGAAACCACCCCUUCCUGAGGGUGAAGUUCCCCCACCCAGACCACCUCCUCCAGAAGAGAAGGAUGAAGAGUUCCCAGAGCAGAAGGCUGGAGAAGUGAUUAAUCAACCCAUGAUGAUGGCUGCUAGGCAGCUACAUGAUGAAGCCCGAAAAUGGUCCAGCAAGCCUGAUGUGACUGAGGUUAAUGAAGCCACUGAGGCUGGUGUAGAUAUAGAUGAGGAGGAUGAUGCAGAUGAUGCUGAAUUCACCCUCCCCUCUGACAUUGAAGAUGAUUACGAGCCUGAGCUGCUGUUAAUACCAAGCAAUCAGCCCGUUAACCAGCCCAUUCUGGCCGCUGCUCAGUCUCUACAUCGGGAAGCAACCAAGUGGUCUAGUAAGGGUAAUGACAUCAUUGCUGCUGCCAAAAGAAUGGCUCUGCUAAUGGCAGAGAUGUCCCGCCUUGUGAGAGGUGGCAGUGGGACCAAGCGUGCCCUUAUUCAAUGUGCGAAAGAUAUUGCAAAAGCAUCAGAUGAAGUAACUCGGUUGGCCAAGGAGGUGGCAAAGCAGUGCACUGACAAACGUAUUAGAACCAACCUCUUGCAGGUCUGUGAGCGAAUCCCAACCAUCAGCACACAACUCAAAAUCCUCUCUACUGUCAAAGCUACCAUGCUGGGCAGAACUAACAUCAGUGAUGAAGAGUCAGAACAGGCUACUGAAAUGUUGGUUCAUAAUGCCCAGAACCUUAUGCAAUCUGUAAAGGAGACCGUGAGAGAAGCAGAAGCAGCAUCUAUUAAGAUUAGAACAGAUGCUGGAUUCACCCUUCGCUGGGUUAGAAAGACUCCCUGGUAUCAGUAAACAGCCAUCACAAAGUAUUGUAUCCUGUAACAUAAAUGCCUUUUUUUUUUUUUUUUUUUUUUUUUUGAAGCAGCAGAGAAUUUUUACCAGCAAACAGUGCUGUAAACAUGAGCUUAAAAUUAGCUUGUGCCAGUGUCCCAUUUUGAGGGGAAAAAAGAGGAAUAUGCAUUUUAAGUCUUUGAAAAGCAUUUGGUAUCCAACAUCUCACAAUUGCUUCCAAAAUGGUGAUAGCUUUUUAUUUUACUUGCUUUUGAAGAUAUCUCUUCAUGGCUUCUAUAAUCCCAGAAACACACUUCAUUUAUGCACUGUGUAUUGCAGUAGUUUCCAUGGGGUGGUAUGAAACAUGGACCUCACUUUCACUUGAAUUGGAAGUCCGGAACACUAACAGUGUUACUUAGCUGUUUUGGGGAGAGGGAAUGUGGAAAAAUUAGCAAUGACAUAAACAGAUUAGCUUUGCAGUAAGUUUUUAGCUGGCUGUUCUUGCAUAAUGCAAAAGUUUUAAGAGGUGUGUAAUCAAGUUAGUUUUCACGUGAAUGAUCCCUUUUUUUGCUGGUGGGGGGAAAGGAAUCCCAUUGCUAAAAUAAUCUCUUACGCUGCUACUUUUUUGCCUAGCUACAAUUCCCUAGGCCAGCUGUAUUCAUAUACUUCCCAUUGCCACUAGCAGGCAAGCUGGAAUAUGAACUGUUAUACUAAACUGAUUGGCAAUGGAGGUUUGUAGCACUUGGGUGAUAGCUUAACCUUUUCCGGUUUCAGAGGCCUUAAAAAUUAAAGAGCUCUUCUCCUUGCCAUCCCCUAUGGUAGAGUAUUGAGCUGAAAAUGUGGAGUCCACUGGGCUAGAUGAAUCUGUCAGUCAGUUGUAUUCAAAGCAACUUUGUAUGGGCAAAGUGCUUGAAUAGAAAAUAAAUGUAUGCUAGCUCCUCCCCAUUGAAAUCCGAGUAUUCUAGUCAUCCAAGGCAGAGAGGGCAGGUGGAAAGAUGAUGCUCAGUUUCCAUAACGCUUUGCUCCCUGCCCUGAACUCCAUGAUGGACUAGCACCAUACUGGCAUUUUUCAGGCUAAGCAAAGGGAGGGCGAGUCUCGUGCAGUCUGUUGGCAUAUAAAUCUCUUGAAGUUUUUUUUUUUCAAAACUGGGCCAUACAACUUAUUUUAUAGACUGCAAUCCUAUAUCCCCCAGUCCUGCUAGUAACUAAUAGAAUCAAAUGUUAAAUUGUCUUUAUUCCCUUAUAUUAAGAAAUAGCUAUUUUUAUGCUACCAUAAUGUUACGUGACUUCUUUUUUAACACGAUCAUGAUAGCUGCUCUUUAAUUGUAUUCUUUUGGCAUUUAAGAAAGGAAAAACAAGUUACUAACAUUUGUUAGUCAGAAAGGGCCAUUAUGUAUUUGCAAAGAAUACUUGCAAGUUUAUUAUGCAUACCAGCAUUGACAGCAUAAUGGCACCUUAGUUUCCAUUUGGAAAAGAAGGACAAAUGCCUCAUGCUCAAUCCACCUUUAAGCAAGUGCCCUUGCUGAUGAACAUUGAUUUAGAUACAGUCAACAGCCCAAAGGAGAGGAAGUGGUAUAGGAACAGACACCUUUUACGUCUGUCUGCUACAUUUACUGUACCCUUACCAAUUUUUCUCUCUCCUUUGUACUGUUUUCUAAAAGGGAAAUUCAGAUAUUUGAGCUACAUUAUAAUAAGCUGCCUCAAUGACCUUGGCAAGAGAAAGCACUUGUUCAUCCUUAUUUCACUCCUUUUGUCUGGGUAUUACAGAACACACAGUACUUAGGAUCCUUUCUUGGAUAUCUCCAGUAACUACCUUCAACAGAAGGGUGGAGUGAGUCAGAGCCUUAACCCCAGUAUCUUGCUUUGGUUUAUAUCAGACUCUUAACCCUAUUGUAAUGUAGUCAUUUGUAUUUAAUAGUAAACAACACUGAACAGGGAAGAGACACCUUUGAGGGUCUUCUGACUAGUCUUCCUGUAUUUUGUUUUAAAUCCCCUAUAAUUCAGGCAUCUCUGUGAGAGUUUUAGCACCACUGUUUAGUUGCUUGAUUGAUAUUAAUGCAAUAUUACUAAUGCCUUUAAAUACAUAAUGGUUUAUGCCAAAGAUCACUCUUUGUUUUAAGGAAUGUGUGGGGAAGAGUUGAUUAAUGUUUGCCUUUGAUAUUUCUUCAGAAUGUUUGCUAUCUAUGUUCUUAGAGGAACUAUUUUGCAGGAGCUGAGGUACUGUACACCUUAUGCAAUCUGUGCUUUCUUGAACACUAUUGGUCCUCAGACCUACAAUGAAGCAAAAAUUUGAAAAUGACCUUGAAUGUUGGUUAGAAAUGUUUUACCACUAGAGAACUUUGUUUAUAAACCAAAAUGUGUUGUAUAUUCUAAUAUUUUCAACUUUGUUCUUUUGUUCUGUUAAAACAAAAUAAAACUGCAUUUGUACAAA